UAAACUUAGUUCCGAACAUUGGAUCAAGUUUUUUGUUUAAAAAUUACUUUUUCUUUCCUUUUCAGUACGAUUGCUGUGGUAUGAAUGGACCCAAUGAUUACAUCGACAGUGGUCUCAGCAUACCGCCAAGCUGUUAUCUUAACCGCAAGUCGUCUAUUGCAAAUGAUCUCUAUACUUCCGGUUGUGUUGCCAAGUUAACACAAGCCUUUGAAAUGGGUUCGCGCAUUGAAGUGAUCAGUGAUUGGACAUUGGUGGGUGUGGAGGGCGCAACAAUUAUUGUCGCCUGCGUCUUGGGCAUCAGCUUCAAAAAUAUGGAAAGAAGACGAUACUAUUAGUACAAAUUCAAUUUUGUUACUACUUAUGUAUUUAUUUGUUGUUGACAGUAUUUCAAAUUAGCAGUUUUAUAUGUACAUAUAUUUUAUUUACACAUAAUUACUACAUAUGUAUAUGUAUGUAUUUAAAUUAUUAUUAGAUUCUAACUAUUGCGAAGCAUUAAAAAUAAAUAUUAAGUUAUUGUGAGGUAGGUAUGUAUGUAUGUAUGUAGAUAAAUACAUAUGUAAUACCGGAUCUAUGGAAGGACAUAUGUACACCCGAUCACUAGA